GAUUACUCAAGCGAUCUUAUCCAAAAAAUUGGAAAAAAUAUCUAAACUUUUACUCGUGCAUAAACGUGCUCUGUCAAGCGUGACCCUGACUGCUGAUGAGGUUUUAAUAAUAUUGUUAUUAGUUACGAUAAACUUUAUUUAUAAUGAAAUAUAAUUUUAUAAGAUAUUCCUAGAAGUGAUCGCUCACAGUGAACACGUAAUUAUUUUAAUAACAGUAUUAUAAAAUGACAGAAAUAAAAGCCGUAAAUAGGAACGGAACAGCUCUGAAAGUAAUUUUUGACGAUGGAUAUGAUUUAACAUUCGAAAGUUGCUGGUUGAGAGAUCACUGCAGGUGCCACAUUUGCUACGAUCCAAAAACAAAUCUAAGAACUGCCCACAUUUUGGAUAUUCCUGAAGUUGAUAUUGAUGGUGCCGUGUGCAAAGAUAGGAAACUUAUAGUAAAGUGGUCAGACGGCCACGUAUCGAGUUACGAAGGAGACUUCUUAUCAGAAUUCAAUUACGAAACGUGGAGCAAGAGUCGGAAGAGUGCACCGAAACUCUGGCGAGGUGAUGACAUAGUAAACAAAGUCGCUAAGGUCCCGGUCAAGAAAUUCCUUAACACUACUGAUGGAGCCUCUGCUGUAUUCCAGUCUUUACUGGAUUAUGGAGUGGCUUUCAUAGAAGAUGUCGAACCAAGUCUAGCAGCUACGGAAGUAGUGUGCAAAGCAUUAGGUGGUGUUCAGCAUACUUUAUUUGGUGGUAUGUGGGAGAUUAGCCCGGAACCGGGAAACAAUGAUACAGCCUAUAUGAGCGUGGGACUACCUCAGCACACAGAUCUUUCAUCCUUCACUGAGCCGGCUGGGCUUCAAGUGUUCCACUGUUUACGACACGAUGGUUCUGGUGGAGCGAGCGUUAUCUCAGAUGGAUUUUAUGCAGCAAUGAAAUUGAAGGAAGAAAAUCCUAAAGAUUUCGCUUUCCUGACCACGUUCAAGGCGGAGGCGGAUUACCAGUUCGAUGGUCAUUAUUUUAGACACGCUGCACCGAUGAUUGAACUGGAUCAAUAUAAUGAUGUUCGUCUAGUAAGAUUCAAUACGCAUGACCGAUCCUCUAUGGCAUUUGAAAGUGGCGAGCAGUGCAAAAAUUAUUACCGGGCGAUCCGGAACUUUGCUAAGCAUAUUGAAAAUAAAGAAAAUCUAUGGACAUUUAAAUUAAAACCAGGGCUGAUCAUGGUAUUUGACAACUUCAGGGCUUUUCACGGAAGAACUGAGUUUACAGGAAUGAGAGUUAUAGUUGGCAGCUACGUAUCACGUACUGAUUGGCUCGACAAAGCUCGAAGCUUCAAGCUUAUUAAGUAGUUUACUUGUAUAAAUAUUUUGUACUUUAUUUUUUAUAUAGCAUGUUUUACUGUUUACUUUGAUAUACAUAAAUUAUGUCCAGUGUAUUUUUUUUCUAAGUGGCGUUUUUGUGGCGAUAGGCUUAUAAGCAAAACAAUUAUGUUAUACGAAAUGUAAAAGAAACAAGGAAGAAGUAACUGUUUGAUACCUUAUAUGUUUAUUCUUUCUUGCAUCUUUGUAGCUUUACAUGGACGAAAGUUCUUAAUUUUAACUGGUAUGAUAAAAGUUUUCAAAUAUUUUAAAUUAUUCAAAUCAAAUGUAGAUAUACAUUUAAGAAAUGUUUUACGACUAAUAUAACCUGCAGUUCAAGAAACAUAAUAAUAGCUUUAAUAAAAUUAUACAAUACAAGUU